UAUUUUGCAAUUUGGACUUAUUGCGCUUCAUUCACUUAUAUGUAUCAAGGGUUUAUGAUUGCUAUCAUUUACUGCUUCACAAACAAGGAAGUGAGAAAUGUGCUAAAAACAUGUUACGGUAGAUAUAAACUGCAGCAUACCAGUACGGUAGAUUUGAGACGUGGUAGUCGAACAACUGUGCUGCGCAAUGGCAGCGCAUCAGGGCGAUCGCCAAAAAAGAACGGUAUACUCAGGAUACAAAAAUAUGCGAUCAAAAAUGGCCGUGAUACGAGUGUGGCUGCUCUAGUUGCUGUGAACCAGGUAAUGCGGUAA